AUGACGACUCCGUUUCCUCUCUUACGUCUUCCAAGACUUGCAUUGAUUCCUGUUUUCCAACAAAUGCAGUCAAAAGAUGUAAUUGCGUUUUCGCUACUUUCCAAAAAGGCCCAAAACUUGUCAAAAAUCUUUCGAAAGUUAUCAUCCUGUAGCGUCCGUCUGAUAGUAGAGAGCGAUCACCUUUAUGUCAGGAUUCGUUUUAAAAUGGAUCGAAAAGUGGAACUGAGCCAUUAUUUUAACACAGAAAACGUUCCGAAUUUGGCCAAUGCGAUGGUUCGAAACAGUACGUUUACCUACGAAAACUGCGGAUUGUCAGCAUCAAAAUGGUUGGAGCGGAUUCUAGAUGUGGCGAAUUGUGAAUCGAUUUGCCACCUUGAUCUCAAGGGAUCUCCACAAGUUGAUGUGUGCAACAGUUUUGCUGCACUGCCAUGUAUCUAUAAAUUAAACAUCUUCAAGCACUGUUCCACUAGCUUUGCAAAAAAAGCACUGGAAAUCAUCCUACCAGUCACCAGGGAAAUUACAUUACUCAAAAUUCCAUUUGAGAACAGAGAAGAAUUCCAGACAUUUCUGAUGAGCAAUUUGAACUACUUGAAUAUUAACACUUGCUAUUUCUCAAUGAUCACUCUUGAUGACUUUCUAGUCACAAACCAACUCAAACUGAAAUUGGGAGAAGUUUUGUAUAGUGCCACAGGUGUCAGCCAAUUUCUGACAAACUGGUUUCACAGCAAACGCAACUCUCGACUUGAACAUCUGAAAUUGUUCACAAUAGGAGUCAUCAAUGAAACGUGUCUUCCGGAAGUACUGAACGCUGUUCCUUUUCCAGUAAACGAAAAGAGAACGUUCCGCUAUUCAAAACAACUGGGCUCUACGUCAGUAUCGUUUUUUGGAGGAUAUGAUAUCAAAAGAACAGAUGGGAAGAAGGCCACAAUUGUAUUUAGUGCCUUUCACGGAGGGACGUUCAUCAAUUUUUAUGUUUGGCCGUGA